AGAUUACAAAAAAGGCAUGAAAUCCUGUACUUGGAUCAUGUCACAGCUAGCACUCAUAAUUUAGAGGAAAAAAACAACAAAAAGAAAAGGAAAAACGUACCACGAAAUACAAACGUACAUAUAUACCUUAGCAGCCUCUAAAUUUGUAUUUAUACAUAUCAAUAUUAUUCGUGAAACUAUUUACAUCGGUCCACGCCAAAUUACUGGAUAAGCUAGGACAGCUUUUCUUGGGCGUACCUAAAAAUACUGUUCAGUAAACUGCCCUUGUGCGUAUUGAUGAAAUGAUGUAGUGCACAUUCAUCUUACUGUGAGUGAAAACCAGGCCAAGUAGUGUUCGAUCUUGGAUAAUAAAGAAAGAUAGAGAGACGUACCAUCGAUCGAUGUCAUUGUCACGUCCACUGACAAAACUUCAUGGAAUAAAUGACCCAAAUUUGUGGCACAUGCUCUUCCAAACUGACCUUUCUUUGAUCUCCUUAUUCCACUAAUAAUUUUUCCCCAUUUUUUUUUCCAAUAAAAUAGUUUAUUCUUUUUUAGCAGUAGUACCAAUAUUUACAGUCAGGUUGAGAAUGGCAUUUCCAUCCCAUCCAUACGAUUUCCCACUCUCUACUUUCCUAUAUAUAAUGAACUCUUUCCCCACUCUAUUAAAUGAUCCUCUCCUUGGCAACUUCUCCUAUUUGGAAAUUUCUCCCUCUUGAGGAACCUCGAAAGGCUGGUAUGGCUAAUUCGCUGAUCAACUUCUCCAACGAGAUUGCAGUAAAGGUCCGUGAUGAAGAUGCACAAGCUGAGAACGGAAACUGCAAUAAGAAUGGACCGGAGGGGACCAACCCAAGGAUGGAUUCCCGUAUUAAAAAGGGCACAGGAGGAUGGAAAUCUGCAACUUUCGUGCUAGCAAAUCAAGGCCUAGCAACGCUAUCUUUCUUCGGCGUUGCUGUGAACUUGGUUUUGUUCUUAACCAGAGUUCUUAAUCAAGAAAGUGCGGAUGCGGCCAAUAGUGUAAGCAAGUGGACUGGAACUGUUUAUUUGUUCUCACUGGUUGGAGCAUUCCUCAGCGAUUCAUACUGGGGCCGUUACUUAACCUGCGCAGUCUUUCAGCUAAUUCUUGUUGCGGGUUUGGGGCUAUUGUCCACGACGUCUUGGCUCUUCCUGAUCAAACCAACAAAUUGUGGUGAUGGAGAAAUAGAUUGCAUGCCCACAUCCUCAGUUGGGAUAGCCAUUUUUUACUCAUCUAUUUACUUGGUAGCCUUUGGAUAUGGUGGGCACCAGCCUGCUCUAGCCACGUUCGGAGCAGACCAAUUUGAUGAGGCAAACGGGGCAUUCUUUGCCUAUUUUUACUUUGCACUCAACGCAGGAUGUCUUUUCUCAAACACUCUUUUGGUCUACUACGAGGAUACUGGGCGAUGGACACUUGGAUUUCUAGUGUCCUUAGGUUCUGCUGUCAUUGCCCUACUAUCAUAUCUCGUAGGGACUCGUGGAUAUCGGCGCGUAAAGCCAUGUGGCAACCCUUUGCCACGUGUUGCUCAGGUAUUUACUGCUACUGCUAAGAAAUGGAACGUUGUUCCACCCCACCCGAAUGACCUGUAUGAAGUGGAAGGAACAGAAUCUGCAAUUAAAGGGAGCAGGAAGAUUCUUCACAGCAACGAGUUAGAAUUUUUGGACAAGGCAGCAACAAUAACAGAGACUGAUCUCCAUGGCCCAAAAAGUCCAUGGAAGCUUUGCACCGUGACUCAAGUUGAAGAAGCCAAAUGCGUUCUGAAAAUGUUACCCAUAUGGCUAUGCACUAUAAUCUACUCGGUCGUCUUCACGCAAAUGGCUUCUCUCUUUGUAGAGCAAGGCGAUGUGAUGAACACCAAGAUUGGAAACUUUCGCCUUCCAGCUGCCAGCAUGUCUGUCUUUGACAUUCUCAGUGUCUUCAGUUGCACUGGACUCUAUCGCCGAGUUCUUGUUCCCCUUGCAGGAAGAUUAAGUGGGAAUCCCAAGGGCAUAACCGAGCUCCAAAGAAUGGGUGUUGGGCUAAUUAUUGGGAUGUUAUCGAUGGUGGCAGCAGGUGCCACUGAGAUUGAAAGGCUCAAACAUACAAGGCCUGAUCAAAAGAGUAGCUCCUUAAGCAUUCUAUGGCAAAUUCCACAAUAUGUUCUUGUUGGUGCUUCUGAAGUGUUUAUGUAUGUUGGUCAAUUGGAGUUCUUUAAUGGACAAGCCCCUGAUGGGAUAAAAAGCUUCGGAAGUUCGCUUUGCAUGGCUUCCAUUUCUCUUGGAAAUUAUGUUAGUAGCUUGCUGGUUAAUAUGGUCACGGGAAUUACUGCAAGAGGCAAUAAUCCGGGAUGGAUCCCAAAUGACUUGAACUCUGGCCACAUUGACAGGUUUUACUUCCUGAUUGCAGUGCUAACGGCUUUUGACUUUGUGCUUUACUUGUUUUGUGCUAAGUGGUACAAGGGCAUCAACCUAAUUGAGGACGGCGAGAUCAAGGAAACUGGGAAUAAUAAGCAAGGAAAAGAUCAAGAUAGUGUGCAGAUGAUGAACAGAGUCUAGUGAUCUCGAUCUUCUAGGGCGUUUAGGUCAAAUCUGCAUAUUGAGUUAGAACUUCCAGCCCGGGCAUGCAUACAGCUUUUGCGGUUGGUUUUAUCAAGACUACUUUUAGGAUGAACAAAAGCAAGAAGGAAGCUGCCUGACCCUACAUUAAGUUGACCACAUCAAUAAUUAGAUGAAGUGUGCCUAGCUUGAAUAUUUGUAAGGUUUUGGUGGAGAUUAGUGGAAAUAUUGGUACUACGUGCGAAAUGCUAUAUAUAGCUUGUUUUCGAGGUUUC